CUUUAAUCGUUUGUUGGGUGGUGUUCAUUGGCUGGAAUUUACUUCGGCUGGUUUUGAUUUGGGUUUACAAGCACGAACGAUAGCCAUAACAGCAGUUGGGAGAGCCUUAUCGCGCAACUAGUGUUCAUGAAGUUUUUAUGAGAUUUCGUUGGAUUCAGUGAAAAAUUGUUUGUAAUUGAUUCUUAUUACUGAUUUUCGACCUACGAUUGAUUGAAUUAUCAUAUCAAUUGCGGAUUUCAUUUCUGUACGGCGAGGGUUUGUUUGUCACGACUGAAAUUUGGGGAAACAGGGUCUGCGUAAGUAGCUGUGGUUUCUGCUAUUUGCGGUUUUGGGAAACAGAGACUGUGUAGGGGUUUGAAAGCUACGCCCAGGCCGGGGAUUUCUGCUCGCAGGUGUCUGAGAGCGCCCAGGCUCGUUUGGAUUUCAGUUCGCAGGUUCUGCUGCGUACAGGCCUCAACGAACCGAACGCAGGCGUCUUCUGCAAUUUGUGUCUGUUUGGAUUUGUGUCGCAGUCUCUGCUACGCACUCUGGUCUGUAAACUGAGGGAGCUGCUGUGGACUGAUUUUUCGUGUGCUCUGCAAAUUGUUUCCAGUACAGGGGCUGUGAACAGGUUCAAUGGCACGGAAGAAACAGGUUAGCGUGGAUACCCCUUCCAGAAUGACCAGGGCUACUGCAGCAGUUGAUUUCAAAGUGUUGGAAGGGUUGGAUGAAAAUUUUCCCAUCCUAAAUUCUGGGAUAAAUGGGACAAAGCAGUCACCUAUGAAGGGAGUCAAUGACAAAGCAGCAGCUAUUGAACUUCCUGGUGCUGGGCAGACUACUGGGACUGUCCCAAACGCUGAGGAAAAUGGUGUUGGGCAACAUGUCCUAACUUUGGCAGUAACUAAUGCCACUAAAACAUGGAACUCAUUGUUUAAGGAACCAAUGAAGUUAUGGAAUGAUGAGGCUAUGAGUGAGGUGACAUCUAUGGUUGGGAUCCCUAUUACUACAGACAAGAUCACUCAAGAGAGGACUAAUAAUGACUAUGCUAGAGUGCUCAUUGAGGUUGAUGUUUCAAAGCCGCCACCGCUAUCUUUUCCAUCCGACUACCUUCACGAAAGGUAUUCAAACAAAAUGUGGUUUAUGAGACUUUUCCUAAGUUUUGCUUUCAUUGCAAACAAUAUGGGCACAACCCAUUUCUUUGUAAAAUUCUAGCUAAAGGAGGUGAUGGGGUAAUAAACAAGGACAAAUUUGUUGAUGAAAGUCAUAGCAAAGUGGGAAACAUAGGGAAAGAUAAGGGAGCUGCAGACUGUGAUUUUCUGAGGGCUGUCUCACCAGAUAUGACUGUCCAGGGGGGUAACCCGACCGGGCUUACCCCAAACCCGACCGGGUCUCGCAAACAAACUACCCAGGGGGCUGGAAAGGCUGCGGAAGCUGCUGCCGCUGAUAUUCUACCUGCCCAGGAGACUGCCGAUGAUGUGCAAACUGUAAAGAAGUGUUCCAAGCUGUCCAAAAAACCUGCCCAGGGGGCUGGAAGCGCUGCGGAACCUGCUGCCACGGAUAUACAAUCUGCCCAGGGGGCUGGAAGCGCUGCGGAACCUGCUGCCACGGAACAAUCUGCCCAGGGGCAUGCAAAUGGCGUGCAAACUGUCAAGGAGCUUUCCAAGCUUUCCAAAGGUGAGAACAAGUGCUCGGAUGUAGGUUCUGAAGUCAUAGUGGAGGAUAUUGAGAGGGUAGUGACGGAUGAAAAUGACUUGCAUCAACAUGAUGUUGUCAUCAAAUGUGAGGUAAUAAACGGUAAGACGCUCAGCUUGGUAGUCAAACCGUUUAGAUUUGUGCAAGCAAGUGUGAUUAGAGUGGAUACCUCUCUUCGACUUACGGAUGAUUUGGAUAACAAGGGUCUAACAUUUACUACUAAAUGUUUUGAGGGCUUACCGGGGUAUCUUAAGAAGAAAGGGGAGGUGUGCUUUGGCUCAAAGUUCACUACUAUUUUCCGUGAGUUCUUUGGAUGUUAGAUUAGGGUCACCUAAUAUUUUGUUGAGGUUUUCGUGAACUCUUUCCUAGGUGUUUGGGUUCAAAUUGUUGACUUUUGAGAUUGUGGUGUUUUGAUUAUGUGGUAUCCCAUUCAUCGGGGUAUGCACUUUGCUUGUACACAUUGACUUGUUAUUUUCUUUGGGUGUUAAUAUAUAUUUUUACAUUUCAUCCAAAAAAAAAAAAUGCACAAAGUUUUAGAAAUAAAGGCAC